AUGUCUGCUACUCCCGAUAUCACUUUGUAUACCUUUUCCACACCAAAUGGCCAUAAAAUCAGCAUCACUUUAGAAGAAUUAGAAAUUCCUUACAAAGUACGCAAGGUCGCAUUGUCAUCGGGGGAACACAAACAAGAAUGGUUCUUGAAAAUCAAUCCCAAUGGCGCGAUACCAGCCAUAGUCGAUCACUCGCGUGGUGACUUUAAAGUGUUUGAAAGCGGUGCUAUCAUGCUGUAUCUAUGCGAGCAUUAUGAUCCGGAAGGUAAACUUUUACCCAAGGAUCCUGAUCUGCGUAGUGAGACUAUUCAAUGGAUUAUGUUCCAAAUCGGUGGUUUGGGUCCAAUGCAACUUCAAGCAUCUCAUUUCCUAAAGUGGGCCCCAGAAGCAUUUCAGUAUAGCAUUAGUCGAUACGUUAAGGAAACUCGAAGAUUGUAUAGUGUGCUCGAAAACAGGUUAAAGGACAGAGAAUUCCUUGUGGGAGAUUCACUGACACUUGCUGAUAUUAUUAAUUUUACGUGGGCUUACAGUGCAAUCUCCAUCAACCUCAAUCUUGACGAAUAUCCUAAUGUCAAGAAUUGGGUAGCUCGCAUAGAAGCGAGACCAGCCGUGCAAAAAGGACUUGAUGUGCCUGACCAGAACUCAAUAAGGGAGUUGAGAGAUGGUAGGGCUGAGCUAUUGCCAGUUGUUAAAGAGAGAUCUGCUUUGCUGCUAUAA